GUCAGCCCUGCGCCUGCGCACUCGCGCCGUUGCUGAGGUGGAGCCGCGGCCGCCGCGAUGAUCCGCCGGUUGUUCAAGAGUGGAAAUGUUUGUCGCAGACUCCAGGGCCUUUCAGCGGUCCGGUUGCGGACAUACACAGAUGCUGCACCAGUUGAUGCAGAUGUCACAGUUCUGGGCUCAGGCCCAGGAGGUUAUGUUGCUGCUAUUAAGGCUGCGCAGUUGGGGUUUAAGACUGUCUGUGUGGAAAAGAAUGAAACACUGGGUGGAACGUGUUUGAACGUGGGUUGUAUCCCGUCCAAAGCUUUGUUGAACAACUCCCAUCUCUAUCACCUGGCCCAUGGGAAAGACUUUGCUAGCAGAGGAAUUGAAAUCACAGGCAUGAAUCUGAACCUGGAGAAGAUGAUGGAACAAAAGAACAAUGCAGUGAAGUCAUUGACUAGUGGAAUUGCCCAUUUAUUUAAGCAAAAUAAGGUAACACAUGUCCAAGGCUAUGGUAAGAUUACUGGGAAAAACCAGGUCACGGCUCUCUGCAAUGAUGGCAGCACACAGAUCAUCAACUCCAAGAACAUAAUCAUCGCCACAGGGUCAGAAGUCACUCCUUUCCCUGGGAUUCAGAUUGACGAAGAGACGAUUGUGUCUUCGACAGGAGCCUUGUCUUUGAAGCAAGUUCCUGAAAAGUUGGUAGUUAUUGGUGCUGGUGUCAUUGGUGUUGAACUGGGCUCCGUGUGGCAGCGGCUUGGGUCUGAAGUGACAGCUAUCGAAUUCCUUGGACACGUUGGAGGAAUUGGGAUCGACAUGGAGAUCUCAAAGAAUUUUCAGCGCAUUCUCCAGAAGCAGGGUCUAAAGUUUAAACUUAACACAAAGGUCACAGCAGCAACAAAGAGACCUGAUGGAAAGAUUGACGUUAGUUUUGAAGCUGCAGCUGGUGGGAAGGCAGAUGUGCUCACCUGUGACGUUUUGCUGGUCAGCAUUGGACGUCGUCCCUUCACGGAAAACCUGGGAUUGCAGGAGAUGGGGAUUGAACUUGAUAAGAAAGGUCGGAUCCAGGUCAACAAUCGAUUUCAAACAAAGAUUCCAAACAUCUUUGCCAUCGGGGAUGUGAUUCCUGGCCCCAUGCUGGCCCACAAGGCUGAAGACGAGGGGAUAAUCUGCGUGGAGGGCAUGGCCGGAGGAGCUGUUCACAUCGACUAUAACUGUGUCCCUUCUGUUGUCUACACCCACCCAGAAGUGGCUUGGGUUGGAAAAUCUGAAGAGCAGCUGAAGGAGGAGGGCAUUCCUUAUAAAAUUGGGAAAUUCCCGUUUGCUGCCAACAGCAGAGCAAAGACCAACAAUGACACCGAUGGCCUGGUGAAGAUUCUCAGCCAUAAAGAGACCGACAGGAUGUUAGGAGCGCACAUCCUCGGGCCCGGCGCUGGGGAAAUGAUCAAUGAAGCAGCACUCGCGAUGGAAUACGGAGCGUCGUGUGAGGACGUUGCUCGAGUGUGUCAUGCCCAUCCGACUGUCUCGGAAGCUUUCAGGGAGGCAAACAUAGCGGCAUCGUUUGGCAAAGCCAUUAACUUCUAAACAGCUCGGAGAUCUGUAAAUAGAGUGUAACUUGUUGUUCGGACUGUCAUGAGGUUGACAUUAAGACAAGGAAUGAAGUUAAGUGUUGUCUGGAGAAUUUUACACAACUGUUGAAAGGAGAAUUGUAAUAAACAAUUUGUUGCCAACGAUGUCACAUCACUUGUAUUUUAACAGAAAUAAAACUGAGGGAAUGAUGUACAGA